UGACAGUGACUGGCCAUGUGAAUGUAACUAGAGCUCAAGACCAACGGGAAAUAGAUCAGCAGGGUCAACAGAUGAUACGUCUUCACAGAGAUCUGAUUGGACUUUAAUAGUCGCUUUUAUUUCGGAUAUAUCAGAUUAACCGGCGAGGGAACAGUUCUGACCGGAACAGCCUGUGGCGCAUAAAAACAAAACAGGCGCGUAGUUUAAGGAAACAUUCAAAACCAUUCUAAGACUAAAUUAUAAAUGAGAUCGACUUUUAUAAAAAGAAGACAGCGUGGAUUAUAGUGGAGACUUCCCUGAGGAUUAGUUAUCCAGGAUAAGCAGAUGUGUGAUUAGUGGUUAGGGUCCGGAUCUCUCAGCUUUUACGCGUGAGCGAUCAAGGAACUUUGGUGAUUUUUCUUCUCAGACUCGCUUCAAUCCGGUGUGAUCAUGCUUCAAAAUGGUAACGGGAAGGAAAAACCGCCUCAGCCAACAAACACAGGUGGAUCUGAAGCAGAUCCUUCUUGUGACAAACCGAAGCAGCAGACUGGGGACCCAGCCGAGGACAGGAGGGCCACGGACCCCGGGGCCACGCACUUCCCCCUGCCUGCUUAUCCCAAACUGGAAAUAAAGCGCAACGCAGUGACUGAUGACUACAAGAUUUCCACUCAGGUUCUGGGUUUGGGGAUCAACGGCAAAGUUCUGCAGUGCUUCAAUAAGAAGACAGGAGAGAAGUGCGCUCUGAAGAUCCUCUACGAUAGUCCCAAGGCAAGACGAGAGGUGGAGCUACACUGGCGAGUGUCGGGAGGGCCGUACAUCGUCCGCAUCCUGAGCUUGUAUGAAAACAUGCACCAUGGGAAGAAGUGCCUGCUCAUCAUCAUGGAGUGUAUGGAAGGAGGAGAGCUGUUCAGCAGAAUCCAGGCUAGAGGAGACCAGGCCUUCACUGAAAAAGAGGCGUCUGAGAUUAUGAGGGACAUCGGCACAGCCAUCUCGUUCCUUCACAACAUUGACAUCGCCCACAGAGACAUCAAGCCAGAGAACCUGCUGUAUACCACUAAAGCUAAAAACGCAGUCCUUAAGCUGACAGACUUUGGCUUUGCAAAAGAGACGACGCUACACAACCCCCUACAGACGCCCUGCUACACACCGUAUUAUGUGGCCCCUGAGGUUUUGGGUCCGGAGAAGUAUGACAAGUCUUGUGACAUGUGGUCUCUGGGCGUCAUCAUGUACAUCCUGCUGUGUGGCUACCCUCCGUUCUACUCCAACACGGGUCAGGCUAUUUCUCCAGGAAUGAAGAGAAGGAUCAGAAUGGGCCAGUAUGAGUUUCCAAAUCCUGAGUGGUCUGACGUGUCUCAGGAAGCUAAAGAUCUGAUCCAACAGCUGCUGAAGACCGACCCAAAUGAGAGAAUGACCAUUACUCAGUUUAUGAAUCACCCCUGGAUCAAUCAGUCCAUGAUGGUUCCCUCCACUCCACUGCACACCACCCGGGUCCUCAAUGAAGACAAGGAGCUGUGGGAGGAUGUGAAAGAGGAGAUGACCAGCGCCUUAGCCACCAUGCGUGUGGACUACGACCAGGUGAAGAUCAAAGACCUCGACACAUCCAGCAACCCCCUUCUCAACAAAAGACGCAAGAAGGCCGCUGCAGGGGGCAAGAGUGGGUCCACUGUGUGCCAAAGUCAGUGAAAUGAGGAAGAACCUGUGAUUAAAAUCCUGACCAAACAGCGUCAGUGAUGAAGAGAAACCGCUUGUGUUGAGGAGAAAAUGAA